AUGAGCAGUGAACACCUUUACAGUCAAUAUGUCCACGUGCCGAAGUCUGAGCUGGACGAAGCUCAACUGCGAGCUCUGGAGGAACAUGAGAUCAGCCAGGGGCCGUUGUCUGUUCUGCAGCAAGCCGUCAGGAAUCACACGCAGGUCCUCGUUUCACUACGAAAUAAUAAAAAGCUACUGGCUCGUGUGAAGGCAUUCGACAGGCAUAGUAACAUGGUCCUGGAGAACGUCAAGGAGAUGUGGACGGAAAUGCCCAAGGGAAAGAACAAGAAACCGGUGAACAAGGACCGCUUCAUCAGCAAAAUGUUCCUACGAGGCGAUUCGGUAAUUCUGAUUCUUCGCAACACUGCAUAA